CCUGAAUGUGAUUGUGAUUUACGAUGGGGAUUUUUUAAUUAAAUUUAAUACAUAAAUUAGUGUUAAUUCAUAAAUCUUUUAGCUAGUAGUAGUAUUUAAAAUCAUCUUAGCAAGAUGAUGUUAACAAUUCACGGACUGCCGUUAGGCUGCAAAUAUCAUGACCUGAAAUCGUUGAUUAAACAAGAAUGUAACUUGAGUGACUUCAUUCUUGAUAAUUUGGUCGGGGAUGGCGACGCUAGCAAGAAGGUUCGCAUCGGAGUGGCUGACGAGUCGGAGGGCUCGUACCUGAUCAAGUGUUUGGACGGCUAUCGCAUGGGCGGCAACGUCUUGAGAGUUGUGCCUGUUGCUAAGCCUCUGAUGAGCCAAGCUCCGAAUAAUUUUGACCAGCGCGGUGGCUAUCCCCCUCGCAAUGACAUGCCCAAUCAACAUAACAACUAUGGGAACCAGUCCAUGGCUCCCAUGGGUGGUCGGCCUUCGCCAUGGGCCCAGAACACCAACCAGUGGUCAUCGAACCAGCCGACAGGCUCCCAAAGGCCUACACACAACUUUGGGUAUCAACAGCAGACAAAUCAACCUUUUCAACAACAGCAACAACCGUCACCGCAGCUGAGAGGUGACCCCAAACCGUUUCCACAGAGAGACAUGAGGAACAGGAUGCCUCAGGAUCAGUCGGGAUAUGGGUUCAAUCAGAAAAACAGUGCACCAGAACCUAAUCGUCGCAUGCUGCGGAACGUAGACUUAGUACCGAGUGGAGGCCGAGGAGAUCCUCCGAGACCAGUGCAGCACCCACUGCUGCCAUCGCAGAACCAAGCAUCCGAUCGUUUCCACGGUGACAAACCGUUACCAAUUAAUAAGGACUAUUUUCACGGGCCAAAUCAGUUCGGAAACUCGCAACAGGGAGGUCCACCAAGUCACUUCCAAUCUUCGAACCAGAACACACCGUCUUGGGGACAACAGAUGCCUCCACAAAAGCAGCCUUCUUUCGGCAACAAGCUCCCGUUCGAAGAAGAGCGCAAGUACCCUCCAUCCAACAAACGGCCUGAUGCUGAAAAACCGGAUACAAACAUAAGGAAUACCAGUGCUUACAAAUCCUUCUUGAAUGCAACCUCUGGGAGACCAGUUUCACCUCACGGUAGACGCGUUUCACCAUCAGGGAGGCGUGUUUCGCCCUCAGGACGGCGGAUUUCGCCCUCAGGACGGCGGAUUUCGCCCUCAGGACGUCGAAUUUCGCCACACGCGGGACGAGUUUUACCAGAUGGCAGAAGAAUUUCGCCACACCCAAGACCUGGUUCUCCAGGCAGGAUGCCUGAUAGAAGGUUGUCUCCUGGGAGAAGAGUGUCGCCAUCAGGCCGAAGAAUGUCGCCUGGAAGAAGAAUUUCACCCGCCCGCCGGCUCCCCGGCCGGGCUUCGCCCCAGGGUGGUCGUAAGAUGUCUCCGCACAAGCGCUUCUCGCCGAGCCGUCGGUUGGAGUCGCCACCACGCCGCGACGGCGGUAGGCGCGAGUCGCCCGCUAGGCAUGGCCCGAGAUUUUCCCCCAACCGCCGUCCCGGCGACAAAAUGGACAAGUUUCCCGACUCCCGCGCGGCCAAGCAAGUCCGUCCCGCCUACGAGCCGGAGGCUUCCAAUCAAGCUAUGUACUCGGGCGGUUACCGUCCCAAUAUCCAUGAGAACGUACAGUACCCCGUCGCCGGGGCCCGCCAGGCGGACCAGCGGGGCUCGUGGCAGCAGGACAGGGACAAGGCCAUGUUCGCGUCUCAUAUGAAGAAGCAGGACGAGGAGAGGAGGGAAGGGAGGCCGAUAGUCCCGCCCAGGGGACCAGAAGCGGUCGUCGAACCCAAGCGAGCGUCGCCUCUCCGCAAGUCGCGGUCUCCUCGCAGGGACGCGCGGGACCGCUCCCCGUUAAGAGACCGCUACCGGCGCCACUCGCCCUCCCCGCGCUCCCCUCGUUCCCCGCGCCGCUCGUGGGCGCUGGAGAAGCGCCGCAGCCCCGAAAUCGCCGACGCUCCCCCGCCGCCCGUCUGGCCCGGACAGAACCCGGACGAACCUUUCCCCCGCCCCAGCUUCCCCGAGAAGGACGACCCGAAGAAACACCCGACCUGGGACCGCCGCCCGUUCGACGAACCGGACGAAGCGCUGAGACGGGACCGCGACCGGCGCCCGGCCCCGGAGGCGCGGCCGUUCACCGAGCCGGCCCCGGCGAUCCGGAUCCGGACCGAUCUGGUGUCGAGGGAGCCGAUGCCCGCGGCCCGCGUCGAACCGCGCUUCAAGCCCGUAGGGGAGAGAUACUCGCCCAAGUUACCGGAGCCGAGAUUCGAGCCGCGCGAGGAGUACAAGCCGGACUACCGGCGCCCGGACAACGGGCCGGAGAGGAAGAAUUAUCCCGCGAGGGAGGAGUUCCGCGACUUUCCGAGGGGGGACGACCGCGACAACCGGCGACGCGACGAUUUUCCUAGACGCGAGGAGUUUCCCCGCCGUGACGAUAGAAAGGAGCCUUUCCCGCGCCGCGAUGAGCGCCCCGACCAGAGAAGGGACCACGACAUGUUCCAAAAGGAGUUCGAGGACAUCUACAAGAGAGCCAAGGAGUUCAAACAAAAAGUGGAGGAGAUGCGGCGUCCCGAUCACAACCGGGACGACUUCAGGGAGGACCGCCAUCGGGACUUGGAAAGAGCUGACGAUCGCCGCAAAAUGCUCGAAGACCACCGCCGGGAGAUGCGCGACGAGGCGCGUCAAGACUACCGCCACCCCGACUUAGAUCGCCACAGACCAGAAGACCGCCAUAGACUAGACGACCGCCCGAGGUCGCGGCAAUCGGACGAGUUCGCCAGACAUCGUGACGUCGACUGGAAGGACGAUAAACCUAAGCCGGUCAAGCCGAUGUCUGCGGAAUCACUAGCGAAACGCGAGAAAGCCGCCGAAGAAAUCGCCUCGAAAAUCCUCGAGAGACACGGCAACUUUGGAAUGAGUCCGGAAGUCCGCAAUCGCAUCAUGGUCGAACUGAAGAACGUAGUCACCGGCAUGAUCAACCACAUGUUCGGAUACAAAGACGUGUCCUUCAUAGAGACUGUUAUAAAGUUCAACGCGAAGCACAACGAUCGGGAUGAGUACAAGAUAUUCCAGAACGUUAUGGGCAAUUUCCCAAACCUGCCCAAGACAACCAAAAGACACGCGGAAGAUGACUCUGAAAUUCCCGCGAAGACAUCUAGACGUUCGCCUGAAAACUUGAAACAAGAUGUUUCUUCGACGAUAAUACCCGAGCAGCAAAAUUGGGACUUCAAUGUCGCCAACCAGCAGAGUUUGAUAUCCAACAUGAUGAUGCAACAAAUGCUCAUGAAUCAAGCGCCGAUGAUGGUUCCCAACCCGUUCGGUGUAGAGAUGGCCCCGGUUCCAACGUUCAUUCCGCCCCAGCCCGUCGUCGACGAUUCGAUAGAGGACGGCUACAACUUGUAUCUAUGCAAAGAGGAUUUCAAACCUUUCACAGACAUCCAGGCCGACUUUCUCAAAAACUAUCUAGUCCAACAGUUGGUCGCCGUGUCCGAGAACUACCAGGGCUGGGCGCCCGACAUCACGCUCAAGGGUUUACAGAGCCAGUUCAGGUACCAGGUGCACACCAGGGACGCCGUCUCAAAGGAGUGGCUGCUGACCCUCGACUUCAGCGAGUUUAAGCUCUUCGACGUUCUAGUGUACACCAAAGAGGAGCUCUGGUACGAGCGCGCCGCCAUCUGGCUGCCCGGCCAUUCCAGGUGCCGGAACAUCGAGCCGUUAAAAAAGCUGGAACUGCAAAACAAAAAGCUGGAGGGCGCGGACAUAGGUAAGUGGAAGAUGGUGAAGAAAAUAGUCAACAUCAAGGGGACCAGGGUCUACGUAGACAUGCCUCCGUCGUCCGCGCGAGUGCUCGAGAAACACAAGAUGCUUCUCAGCUACGAGCUUCAGAAGGUGAGCGUGUACCUCAGGGCGGUCGCCGUGGACAAGGACGCCUUCGACUCCGGCCUGAGGGAGCCCUCGGUGACCGACAAGUCGGAGAUCGUGGCGGCCGCGCAGAACUCCUCCAUGCCCUCCCUGGGAAGCGACCCCAGCAUCGUCAAGGUAACGCUGAAAGGUUCCAAAUCGUUGAGCAUCGUUCAAGCGCGGAAAAUCAAAGAGAGCAUCAUUUACAAUCUGUUCAAGUACCACCAGAGCGGGGGCGGUUUGAGUCGAACUGAUUUCGUUAAGUACGGGUUCUGUACGCCGAACUGUUUCGGGGUGGUGCCGGAGAACGAGGAGUCCAAGCGUUGGUUGAUGGGGCUGGACAUGGGGCGCCUGAACAAGCAGCCCGUGGUAGUAGUUGGCGCCGACGAAGCGAGGAUUCGGUUUUUUAAGAUGACGAUAAACGUGCCGAACGAGCACAACAUAAACGCGCCGCGGAUCUGCGAGCGAUUGCGGCAGAGCAAUCAAGGGGUUAAGGGGUUGAACUUCCAUCUGUGGAAGCCCGCGUCGUCGAUAUCGUUCGACAAGCACAAGGCGCUGCUAGACGUAGAGAUAGACGCAGAGUCCGUGGAAACUCUUCUCGGCAUGAAGUUCCGGUUGGACUAUGUCGACGACCGCCAGGUCAUGCUUGUGGCGUACUUUAAGUCGGAGUAUAGCAGCGGCAGGCUGCGGGAAAUACUCGACAAGUACAAAGCGGAACAGACCGACAGCUACGAUGUGGCCAAUAUGGACAUAUCUCAGUCGGAGUCCGAUGACGACAUUAUUUAUAUGGGUGAGCUCUGACGUAGGACGUUUCGGGAUUUUAACCAAUUUAUCCUCUAAUUUCAUUAUGAUUGCGCUUCUAA